AUGCGUUUCACAAAUCUUAAAUGUGAAGAGUUACGUCCCGAUUUUGCGGUCUUCGAGGAGUGCCGUCUAACUGUGGUUAAACGUGAUAUUAUUUCGUUGAACAUCGAUGUAAAACUACUAAAGGUGCCGGUGACAAGUACAACGGUGGGUGUUGUGAAUUUAGCGUUUUUUAAAAAAUUCAACGGUUAUCGCCCUUAUUUUUGCAACAUAACCUAUGACUUUUGUAAAUUCAUGGAGAACCGUAACCGUCAGUCGUAUGCCAAGAUAUUUCUGGAUGCUAUACUCAAAGACUCUAAUGUGAACCACACGUGUCCUUUUGAUCACAACAUAAUUGUCAAAGAUUUAAUUUUGGAUGAAAGUAAAUUUAAAUACUUCCCAAUCCCACGCGGUGAUUAUAUGCUGCGGAUCAAAGUAGCAGCCUACAAUGAUUGGAAAGCCGAUGUUAAAGUUUAUUUUAGUAUAUUGGUAGAUUUGUGA